CUGCCCCCGUCAAAGACACAGCUGUAAUAUUUUAUGUAUGUCCUCAAUAAGUAACACUACUGGACUUCAGGCUGUGUAGAUGAUAACAUUAAUGGACUGCAAACUCUUAACGAUGCACUUUUCAUGUGGUUAACCAUGACCAUUUAGCGAAGUUUUGUAACGAAGUCUUAAUUUGAUUAGUACAAACAUGGCAAACUGAACCAUUCCAUUCAUCUAGAGUUCAAAGGAUCCUGGUAUUAAAGCAACGAACUAAUUUUGAAGAUGUCGCUUGUGGAGUCAGAGGAGACUACUCCAUUGCUGAAAGGUUACGUAGACAAUGAAGAAGAUGCAUACAAAAGCAGGUGGAGGUCGAUUAGAGUCAUGUACUUCACUAUGUUCCUCAGUAGUGUUGGUUUCACUAUUGUCAUCACAUCAAUAUGGCCCUAUCUGCACAAGAUAGAUGACAGCGCAAAUGCCAGUUUCUUGGGCUGGGUAGUGGCUGCUUAUAGUUUGGGACAAAUGGUUGCCUCACCACUCUUUGGGCUCUGGUCCAAUCACAGACCUCGACGAGAACCCCUGGUCUGUUCCAUCUUCAUCAAUGUAGUGGCCAACAUCUACUACUCUUAUGUUUACCUUCCACCCUCUCAAAACAAAUACCACAUGCUCAUGGCUCGGGCAUUGGUUGGCUUUGGAGCAGGUAAUGUAGCAGUCGUCAGGUCAUAUGUAGCAGGUGCCACCUCCCUGAAAGAGAGAACAGGUGCCAUGGCUAAUAUGAGCGCCUGUCAAGCCCUUGGCUUCAUUCUGGGACCAGCUCUGCAGGCAGCGUUGUCAGUGAUCGGAGAGAAAGGCUACAAUGUAAAAAUCAUCUGGCUCCAAUUUAACAUGUAUACUGCCCCUGCUCUGCUGGCCGCCUGCUUUGGACUCAUUAACAUUCUGUUGGUCAUUCUGGUGUUGAGGGAGCACCAGGUGGAUGAUGAUGGGAAGCAGAUUCGAGCCAUAAACUAUGUUUCUGAAGGUAAACGAGUGACUGUGAUCCCUGAAGUCGAAGGUGAUAUUGAUCAGUUUGCUGUGCUUAUCUCCAACAUCCUCUUUUUCGUCAUUCUCUUCAUUUUUGCUGUAUUUGAAACAAUAGCCACCCCAUUAACCAUGGACAUGUUUGCGUGGACUAGAGAACAGGCUGUUUUGUACAAUGGCAUUAUUCUGGCUGCUAUUGGCUUUGAGUCCAUCUUGGUCUUCCUUGCAGUGAAGAUAGUUUCUGCAAAGGUUGGGGAUCGUCCGGUUCUUCUGGGCGGCUUGGUCAUUGUGUUCUGCGGUUUCUUUAUGCUCCUGCCAUGGGGGAAUCACUAUCCUACGAUACAAUGGGCAGACCUCCAGAACAAAACCACAGUAGAGUUAUCACUGGCAUACACGCCCAGCGCUAACUCUUCAGUGGAGCCCACAGGCUGCCCGUCUGCCCAGACCUGGUGCCAGUUCACACCUGCCAUCCACAUUGCACAGUACAUUACCUCUGACAUCCUCAUAGGAGUGGGCUACCCAGCAUGCAACGUUAUGUCCUACACUCUCUACUCCAAGAUCCUGGGACCCAAGCCUCAGGGUGUGUAUAUGGGGUGGCUGACUGCGUCGGGUAGUGGUGCGAGGACAUUGGGGCCAGUGUUUGUCUCUCAGGUCUACACCUUGCUGGGGCCACGCUGGGCCUUCAGUCUCAUCUGCGGUAUCGUUUUAGUCGCCAUUGUGCUCUUGGGCGCCAUGUAUCACAGACUCAUCGCAUUCUCUGUGAGACACGGGAGGAUUCAGGAGGAAACGGGGUGACUGACAAGCGGAAUAACAAAUGACAGGAGAAGAUAUUCAGUUGUCACUGGGCAGCAAAUGACAGGACACCGCUUCGGGCUUGUAGAUUAAUCUGUGAUGGCUGGGAUUGAACCAUUAGAUUGGAUUUUACUGUGAAGCAGCAUGUGACUGCACAAACAAGACAGCAGCUGUGUGUCUAUCCCAGAUUGCUUCACCUAGUUAGACACACAUUCCCUUUCUUGACUAACGAAGUCUCCCUUCUGAAUCUACAGGUUAUUUUGGAGAGCAAGAUUAUACGAAAUCCUGGACUCUACUGAUCUGAGAUCUGUCAUAUGAUCGUAACAAUCUUAGUUUAAAGACAUACUAGUAUUUAUUACAUAUUUCAAAGAUAUAGCUGUUAAAAUUUGGAACUUGUAUUUUAAAGAGCAUUUAUUCCAGGAGUUUAUAAUCUAAAAACAACUGGAUGGGCCCAUACUAUUUGUGCUGAGAUGGUGUUUUCAUGAUGGCUGAUAGUUCAGAUAAGAGGAGGGAAGGAAAGAGAGGAGCUGUUGAAGAGCAAUAAGAGGCUGUUAUCCAGCUGCACUGAUCUGAAUAAUGCUAUUAAUCACCUAUAACGUUUGACACUAGUUUUCUCGAAUUAAGAGUGUGUUCUGAAACUAAAGCUGAACUAAACAAGCAGAAGCUCAUUUGCUUCUCAGAUGUAACUCGUUGCAUGGAUGUGGCUUUGAUACAUUCCUGACCAAGAGAGGAGUGGCUGUGUGUGUGUGUAAAGCCCAGUGAGUUUCGUCUGUUUUUCUGGGAAAAGUGAGCUUUUUAGUUACUAAUAACUCACUAAUAAUUUUUAAAGUCUUCCUUUUUUAGUAUUCACUGACAAAUCUCCUGUGUUUGUACAUAGUUGAAUGUAUCAGUUUUAAUUACUGUGUAUGAAUGUAUGAACCGGUGGGAUUGUACAAUAUUCAGUUGCAGAUGAUUCAUGUGAUUGGUAUUGUCUUUUUGCUAUUUAUUGAUAACACUUGUAAACCAGAAUUUUGUCUCUUACUAAUGUGUCAUAAGACUAAGCUUCCCAAAAGUCAGUGGAGACUGUUUAUCAUUCAGGAUUGUUUGACAUCUUUGACGUGUCAACUGUCAAAAAGCUAUUGAACCCAAUGUCACUAUCUGUACUGAUUUAUUGUCACAGCAAAUAUAUGUUCAUUAAAGGAACUAAGAGGUGUUUUUACACUUU